CUGGGUGGAUACAAAAAGAGUUGGCUGCCUUUAUCUCCUUCUUCUUCUUCCGUAUCGUUGCCGAGGCGGGCGCCACGAUGCAAGCUCCCCUCGAAGAGGCCCUGAGUGUUAUGGUAAACACUUUCCACAAAUAUUCCGCCAAGGAAGGAGACCCCUUGAAACUCAACAAGGCUGAGAUGAGGGAGUUACUUCUCCAUGAGCUGCCCACCUUCAUCAGGGGGAAGAUCCACGAAACCGGGUUUGAGAACUUGAUGAAGAAACUAGAUGGCAACAAAGAUGAAGAACUGGAUUUUCAAGAGUAUGCCGUCUUUUUAGCUCUCACAGCAAGCUUGUGCAAUGAAUUCUUCCAGGAGUGCGCUGAUGAGAAUAACCGGAAGAGAUGAGACUGGCGUUUCUCAUCCCUUUGCCUCUUUGACUGUUCCCUGCUGGAUCUUCCCCGGCUUCAUGGGUCUUCUUGCUAUGCAGAAAUAAAA